AUGGCAGAGCAGAUAGCAGAAGAAAUGAUCAAGUCUCGAUUUCAUCAGCUAGAGAUGGAUAAAGAGAAGAAGGAGUGGAAAGAUUGGACUAGUAAAGCAGCUUCCACAAUUGAAAUUGACCCCGCGAUAAGUAUCCCCACGAAGGGUACCCUUACUCCCAGCACAACACCCCCAGCAACUAUACAAACCUUCUCCCUCCUUAUCAAUUACUACUCCCGUCGCAACCGCAUGGAAAAAGUCGUCGCCUACACCUCUACAAUGUCAUCCUGCCAAAUAUCACCAAAUUCCUACAUUUUCAAUCACUUACUCUACUCGCUUCUCCGUGUCCAUGAUAUCCCGCGUCUUAUGCGGAUAUACCUGAUGAUUUUAUCUUCGGCAGAUGUAAAACCAGAUAUGGAAACAUGGAAUAUCAUGUGGAUGACUACAUGGAAGCGUUAUACCCAGAAGCACCGAAGAUUCGAUGAGCUAUUGCCCCCACGGGCGCUUUUUGCGGAUAUGGUCAAACGUCUUAGUAGAAAGCAGAUCAAGGGAGAUGAAGAAAAUGAAAAAAUGAAAAACAUGUGGCACACAGUCAUGAAAUCGUUCAUGCUUUCUAGAGACUUUCCUGGCGCCCUCAUAGCUCUACAUGUUGGGAUAAAAUUGUGGGACAUGAAGGUAGACGAUACAGUAGUAAGGGAGAUUGUAUUUGGGACCAUGCGGACUGGUUAUUGGGAUCCGGAUCGCGAGGAGAUGCCAAGAAUCCAUCCAGAGAUGAUCGAUGGCUGGGUGGAGAGAUUGAGAUCGCAGGCAAGGUACUUUUUGAGGCAUAGGAGGAGAGGUGAUAGGAAGACGGCAGGGUUGUGGAGGAGCGUGAAGGAUCCAGAAGGGCUCUUGGAGGGAUUGACGUCGCUUUUGAGAGACAAGUUAGGUGACAACGCAAAGGUUAAGGAGAUAUCCGAAAGGGCCAAGGUAGAAAUGGGAGUAGAAGGUUUGAAGAUUGAUUAA